AUGCACGAACACCCGUUGCCCUUCUUCCAAAGUUCCUUCCUCAUUAAACACAUUUCAUUCACUAAUAUAAUGGAGUUCCUCCACUUCUUAUCCUUUCUUUCUUUGGCAAUGGUUGUAAGCCAUGCAGCUGUGGCUCCUGAAACAUACUGGAAAUCUGUGUUGCCAAACACUCCUAUGCCCAAAGCCUUCACUGAUCUCCUUAACAACGAUAAGAGCACCGAUGUCCAGGUAGGCGUUGGCAAAGGCGGCGUAUCUGUCCAUGCCCCUGGCACAAACGUUGGUGUCGGAAAAGGCGGCGUAUCCGUCCAUGCCCCUGGUACAAAUGUCGGCGUCGGAAAAGGCGGCGUAUCUGUUCAUGCCCCUGGCACCACCGUCGGCGUCGGUAAAGGUGGUGCUGUAUCCGUUCAUGCACCAAAACCGGAACCAAAAUCAAAACCAGAAGGGGACUGUGAGAAGGUGUACGUCGGAAAAGGAGGUGUAGUCGUUCGCUGUCACCACAAAGGCAAGCCUACAAACGUACACGUGUCACCGUUUUCCUACAAGUAUGCUGCUAACGAUGAUCAACUAAAAGACGAUCCAAAUGUCGCUCUUUUCUUCCUCCAAAAGGAUUUGCAUCGAGGCAACUCCAUGAACUUACAUUUCACCAAAACAACCACUCCAUCUUCAAAUUUCUUGCCUCGUAAAGUCGCAGACACGAUACCCUUUUCAUCGGAAAAGCUCCCAGAGCUGUACACCCGUUUCGCCGUCAAACCUGACACCGUAGAGUCCGAAUCAAUGAAGAAGACGAUCACCGAGUGUGAGCAAAAUCCCAUGGAAGGUGAGAAGAAGCUCUGUGCUACUUCAUUAGAGGCCAUGGUCGACUUCAGCACAACGGAGUUGGGGAAAAACGUUAAGGCGAUAUCAACAGAGGUAAACUCUGAUAAAAAACGUACUACUCCGUUGAAGUACACCAUCGAAGGAGCGAAGAAAGUGACACCUGCUACUCGAGCGGUGGUUUGCCACAAACAGAGCUACCCGUAUGCGGUUUUCUAUUGUCACAAAACCACCACCACGGAGGCGUAUGUGGUGUCUUUGGUCGGAGAAGAUGAUACAAAAGGUAAAGCAGUUGCUGUGUGUCAUACAGACACUGCAAAAUGGAACCCUAAGCAUCUGGCGUUUAGGGUUUUGAAAGUGAAACCGGGGACUACUCCGGUUUGUCAUUUCCUACCUGAAGAUCAUGUCGUUUGGGUACCUUACUGAUGACAUGACAUAUACGGUGAUAUAAAGAUAGAAUAAUGCCCUUUUUGUAUGAUUGGUAU